AUGUCAUCAUCAAUGGUCCAUAUGAAGCUCACAUUCGGCGAUCCACCGACGUUUUACUCUUCGACCUCCGCGAACAACCCUAACGUUGUCACGAAAACUCCCUCUCCGGCUAAUCGGGAACUCUUCUUCCGCCCAAUCGUUGGAGACUGUACACGCUCGGCUUCCUCUUCCGGCAUAGAUUCUAUCGAUGUUGUUGUUGUGCAAUCAGCCUUUGACGCUCUUUGCCUCGGUCGAUUUUCGCAGUUCGUUAUUACUCAACCUCUCCGUGAUGAGAAGUUUGUCUCCGCUAUAGAAAACCAGGUUCAUCGAGUACAAUCUGCAUUAUGUGAAAACGGGGAGCAACCUCUGUGUUGGGUGGAUCUUAACAAAGAAGAGCGUGAUGAUCUUGCCAUGUUUCUGUCUGGAUCCUCUCAGACUUUUGAGAGUUUCAGCAGUGAAAGCAUCAACUUGAGUAGAUGUCACGGUGAGAGUCAUGACUAUGUGAUAGACAUUGACGAGAGAGGUAGCCCUGAAAGUGCUGGUAAUAAAAACGGUACAAGAAGAACAUGGAGCUCACCUAAUGUUCCUGAUGUUAGCGCGUUGAGAAUUGAUGCUCAAGUUGAUGCCAAAGAAGAACAAGCCUGCUUUUUUUUUAUUUCUCUCAUAUCCUCAGGGAACAUAAUAUAG